CACACAGUUUCAGGACUGCCUCUGAGUGUGUUUGUGAUUUCCCUCAGUCUCUGAACUCUUGCUAUUGAGCUUUCUGAGUUCCAGAAUGACCCGUUGGGCCCUCGUUGCUCACCUGCUGCUCCUGCUGGGCCUGUGCCUCCACAGUGCUGUCAGUCAGGAUGCUGAGGAGCCAGCUGCUGAAAUCCCACCACCACCACCCCCCCCAGCCUCUGAUGGCACACAGGGGGAGGACGAGGGCGGUGAUUGGGGACUAAACUCUGUGAGAGGCGGCUUUGAGUCGGUCGGCGGAUACUUUGACUCCAUGCUGGAGUUCAUGGGGGGACGUGAUGGAGUGUGCCAAUACCGCUGUCGACAUGGUAAAGCUCCUCUUCCUCGCCCGGGCUACCAGAUGCCUGAACCUGACGGCUGUGGCGCCUACUUCUUUGGUCUUCCUGUUCCAGAUGGGGUGGACAUGGGCAUCCCCGCCAUGACCAAGUGUUGCAAUCAGCUGGACAUGUGUUACGACACCUGCGGCUCCAACAAGUACCGCUGCGACUCCAAGUUCCGCUGGUGCCUCCACAGCAUCUGCUCCGACCUCAAGAAGAGCCUCGGCUUUGUGUCAAAAGUUGAAGCAUGUGAAGCAGUAGCAGACACCACUUUCAACACGGUAUGGACUCUGGGCUGCAGGCCCUACAUGAAUGGACAGAGAGCAGCAUGCUUCUGUCAAGGAGAGGAUAAAGAUGAACUUUAGGUUAAAGAUUUGUAUAACAGCAUCAACUACAGCAACCCAUCAGAAGAUGUUAUGGUGUUGUGAGGACUGCUGUGUGACUACUUGAGUAAUUUAUUUGUUUCAAGUUCUUGUUCUGGUUUUGUUCUGUCAUUAUUUUACCUUGCAGCAACAUUUAGAUGUUAUUUUCAAAUGUUUAACUGUGAUGCAAUUCCAAACUGUAUUUGUUUGUCUGAGGAGGUGCAUCAAUGUUGUAUGGAUUGUUAGUAUGAGAAUCGAUACAGUUGGAGAAGGCAUAUGAUUUUGGAAAAGCUAAAUGAUCUGUGCUGUGAACUCCACUUUACAACACAUAGAUAACCUCUAGUGCUUCAAACAUUGGCUGUGUUCAUCCAAUGUGUGUGUGUGUCCUACUACUAAGGAUUGUCCACCAUAUGAAUAAAUGUUAUUGACACACAUGA